AAUUGGGCCUAAAUUCACCCACCAAUUCUCGAGAAAUCGAAUUUGCAUUACACAACUCGGAUCCUCCAUAACCAAAUUCAUCUGGGGUUGCAAUCUUCACUCUUUAAUUCUAGUCAACCCCUUUUGUUUCUGCCUAUCACCCACAAAAUCUUCAGAUCUCAACUUCACUUUCAUCAUUUUUUCAAGGUUGAAUAUUUUGUGGAGAUAUAUAUUGUGUUUUGUUUAUAGAAGUCUGUUUUAAUGGCGUCAAAGAGAAUCUUGAAGGAGCUUAAGGAUCUGCAGAAGGAUCCACCUACUUCAUGCAGUGCAGGGCCAGUUGGUGAAGACAUGUUCCAUUGGCAAGCAACAAUAAUGGGACCUUCCGAGAGCCCAUAUGCCGGAGGUGUAUUCCUUGUUUCUAUUCAUUUUCCUCCAGAUUAUCCAUUCAAGCCACCUAAGGUUGCAUUCAAGACAAAGGUUUUCCAUCCCAACAUCAACAGUAAUGGGAGUAUAUGUCUCGAUAUCCUGAAAGAACAAUGGAGCCCAGCACUUACAAUUUCCAAGGUUCUUUUGUCUAUCUGUUCACUUUUGACUGAUCCAAACCCAGAUGAUCCCCUCGUUCCAGAGAUUGCACAUAUGUACAAGACAGAUCGACCAAAAUACGAGGCCACCUCCCGCAGUUGGACUCAGAAAUAUGCGAUGGGUUAAAUUGUGGCCUUAAAGAAGCUAUCUCCAUCCUUUUCAUUUCCAAGCCUGAAUUUGGGGUGAAAAGCAUUUGGAGUUGUCUUUGUGAAUACUAUAUAAGAUUUACUGCAUUAUAACUACCUAGUUGCUUUCGUGAAAUAUGUAUGUGUUAAACGUUAUGUCCUAAGAUGUUUGUGAUUAACUGGAUUAUGUAGGUGUCAUUAGUAGCAAUUUAAUGGCAGCCUAAUGAUCUUUUCAUUUGCUGAUGACAAAUUUAAGGCAAAUUCUUAAACUCUGGCAAA